AUGGCUCAGCAGAGAGCCCUGCCACAGAGCAAGGAGACGCUGCUGCAGUCCUACAACAAGCGGCUCAAGGACGACGUCAAGUCCAUCAUGGACAACUUCACGGAAAUCAUCAAGACUGCCAAGAUUGAGGAUGAGACCCAGGUGUCCCGGGCCACACAGGGCGAGCAGGACAACUACGAGAUGCAUGUGCGAGCCGCCAACAUUGUCCGAGCCGGUGAGUCCCUGAUGAAGCUUGUAUCAGACCUCAAGCAGUUCCUGAUCCUCAAUGACUUCCCGUCUGUGAACGAGGCCAUUGACCAACGUAACCAGCAACUGCGUGCACUGCAGGAGGAGUGUGACCGGAAACUCAUCACCCUGCGCGAUGAGGUCUCCAUUGACCUGUACGAGCUCGAGGAGGAGUACUACUCGUCCAGCUCAAGCCUUUGCGAAGCUAACGAUCUUCCGCUGUGCGAAGCUUACUGGAGGCUGGACCACCACUCAGACCCCACCGAUGGCCUCUCAGCCCCCCUGCUGGUGUCCCCGGAGCCUAGCACUGGCCCCCUGCAGGCUGCAGCCCCUGUCCAUCCCCAUGCCAGUGGCCCUGGCCCCACAGAGCACUCCUGA